AUGGCUCACUCAAAUAAUGCGUCAUCGUCAACUGGACGUGGAGGGGGCGGAGGAGGGGUCAGCAGAGGAGGUGGCCGUUCCUUCGGGCGCUCUGCAGGCAGCAGCACGUCUGCUGCUGCUGCUGCAGCUGCAGCAGGCAGUGGCAGCAGUUCCUCUUCUGGAGUAGGCAGCAGCAGCAGCAGCGGCGGCGGCAGCGGUGGAGGCGAAAACAGCGCUGCUGCUGCCUCCUGUCGCGGCGCUCGGAGUAGCAGCACCAGCAAUCCAGCGGCUGGCAACAGCAGCAACACGUCAUCCUCUCCCCGUAGCAGCAGCAACAUCAGCAGCAGCAACGUCAGUAGCAGCAGGAGGGCGCAGGGUGCUGCUGCAGCCUCCGGAGGGGGGGGAACGGGGGGGAACACACGAUCCUCUUCGGUGUCUCCCCUAUCCUCAAGAGCGUUGUCUUUGGCAGCAUCAGGGAUGGCGAACUCGGGCGCGUCUGCUGUAUGUGCUGCUGCAGCGGCAGAGGCAGGCGAAAUGACGGCGGAGGAGCUGCUCUUCGAAACGACGGCUCGCGCCAAGCAACACAAUCGGAAUCAUUUCGGCUUGCUGGGUAUCCUGAAGGUUAUCAAGACGACAGACGUAGACUUGAAUGUCUUGGCCCUUGGAACGGAUCUCACUACACUUGGAUACAAUCUGAACUCGACUGAGUAA